AUGAUUACUUCACUUCCUCACCAAUGUUGUCUUUUAGGCAUAGUUAUAGAAAUAUUAUUAUGUGUUCUACUUCUUCCUUCUGCUCAAGUCUCUUGCUUUAAUCAACGACACCAUCCACUGCCUCCUCCAACCUCCCCACAGGGUUUGAUUUUUGAGGACAAAACAAGGUUGGGUUCAACACCACCAAGUUGCCACAACAAGUGCAAUGGAUGCCACCCAUGCAUGGCAGUUCAAGUACCUACGGUACCGAGUCACAACCGAGUUGAACCUGGUUUAGCGAAAAGCGCCACCACUGAGUUCUUGUUUGACCCUUAUCCUUCAGGUAACAGGUACUCCAAUUAUAAGCCACUUGGUUGGAAGUGUCACUGUGGUGGCCAUUUUUACAAUCCUUGA